CAAACUAGGUUUGUGAGGGGAAGGUUCAUUGCUGACAAUGACAUGCUCGUUAAGACCAUUAUGGAACAGGCCUGGCUCACUCAAUCCACCAGAUUUGGCUUGCUCUUGGAUCAAGAAAAGGCUUACAAUUAUGUAUACCCCUUGUCCCUGCAACAAGUCCUGCAACAUUUCCAUUUCCCUUCCUCUCUCGUUGAUUGUAUUUGCAACCUAUUCUUCUCUACUCGAAUACAAGUCAAUGUGAAUGGUCAUAUCUCCUGA